GUGCAGGGCGAGUGUUUCGCCGGCCCGGAAGGGGAACUGCGUGGUGGCGGUGACUGGGAACUGAGCAUUUCAGAUCUGCUUGGUAAACCUGGUGUACCACCAUGCUGGCCGCAAGGCUUGUGUGUCUCCGGACAGUACCUUCCAGGGUUUUCCAGCCAGCUUUCACCAAGGCCUCCCCUGUUGUGAAGAAUUCCAUCACCAAGAAUCAAUGGCUCUUAACACCCAGCAGGUCGAGAGGUGCCAGUAUUCACCUGCAUUGCCUCCUUUGUUUUGCAGUUGACCAAAUGGGAAGGUGGUUUGUUGCUGGAGGGGCAGCUGUUGGUCUUGGAGCAUUGUGCUACUAUGGCUUGGGAAUGUCUAAUGAGAUUGGAGCUAUUGAAAAGGCUGUAAUUUGGCCUCAGUAUGUGAAGGAUAGAAUUCAUUCUACCUAUAUGUACUUAGCAGGAAGUAUUGGUUUAACAGCUUUGUCGGCCUUGGCGAUAAGCAGAACUCCUGUUCUCAUGAACUUCAUGAUGAGAGGCUCUUGGGUGACAAUUGGUGCAACGUUUGCAGCCAUGAUUGGAGCUGGAAUGCUGGUUCACUCAAUACCAUAUGAACAGAGCCCAGGCCCAAAGCAUCUUGCUUGGUUGCUGCAUUCUGGUGUGAUGGGUGCAGUUGUGGCUCCUCUGACAAUAUUAGGAGGGCCUCUUCUCAUCAGAGCCGCGUGGUAUACAGCUGGCAUUGUGGGAGGCCUCUCCACGGUGGCCAUGUGCGCACCUAGUGAGAAGUUUAUGAACAUGGGAGCACCCCUGGGAGUGGGCCUGGGUCUUGUCUUUGUGUCCUCACUGGGAUCUAUGUUUCUUCCACCUACCACUGUGGCCGGUGCCACUCUGUACUCAGUGGCAAUGUAUGGUGGGUUAGUUCUUUUCAGCAUGUUCCUUCUCUAUGAUACCCAGAAAGUAAUCAAGCGGGCAGAAAUAACACCAAUGUAUGGAGUUCAAAAAUAUGAUCCCAUCAACUCGAUGCUGGGAAUCUACAUGGAUACAUUAAAUAUAUUUAUGCGAGUUGCAACUAUGCUAGCAACCGGAGGCAACAGAAAGAAGUGAAGUUACUCAGCUCCUGGCUUCUCUCCUACAUCAGAUAUCUUGCUUGUUUAAUAGGGCAGAUAUUCAUUAAAUAGUUUGUACAAGCAGCUUUUGUUGAAGCUUAGAAGAUAAGAACAUGUCAACAUGUUUUAAAAUGUUUCAGUAAUGUAAUGCUUCAGGUCUGCUUUUUCUUCUGGAGAAUAAAUUCAGCAGUACUCUUCCAAAUAAGCACACACA